AUGUCGUCCAACUUGUUCAAAAGCACAGUUAAUGAGUACCUAGAGGACCUCCCCAAGCCCGUGCAACUGAAGUUGUACGAGGCACCAGCAACGUGUUUAUCCAUAUAUCGACUUCUAUCCCCAAUGGCCAAGUUUUACAUAAUGGCGAUGGUUUUCAAUGACAAACCACUUGCUAUGAGAGACUUAACCAAAUGGUGCAAACCGCUGGCAAAGAAAAUGGAGUUUGAAGCAUUGAGACGUUUGGAACUGUUGCAUUUGAUUGAGUAUGAUACCAAAAGGACCAAUGUACGCUUGAACUCGAUUUUUAGAUCAAACUUUCGAGAUUGUCUCACUGGUUCUCAAGACUCAAACGCGUUUGGAAGUAUCAGCAGCGACGAUGAUGAAGCGGACAAAAUUGAAACUACAUUUUUAGACAAGUUUGCAUCUCAUGAAUGGGAAACAAUAUUGCAUUUUAUGGUUGGUACCGAGGGAACCCCUGCCCCAUCGAGCUCAGUAUUAAGCUUAUUGAAAUUGGGCGGUCUUAUGGAGGGAGACUCUACAUUGAAUAUCACGAAUACUGGAUUCCAAUUUCUUUUGCAAGAUGUGAAUGCUCAAAUCUGGACUUUGCUUCUACAGUAUCUAAACCUAACGUCAGAGUUGAAUAUGAAUCCCGUUGAUGUCUUGAACUUUAUUUUCAUUCUAGGUUGUUUGGAGCUUGGGAAAAGCUACUCAGUAUCAAGUUUGAGCGAGACUCAGGUGAGCAUGCUUGCUGAUUUGAAAGAUCUAGGACUAGUGUAUCAGAAAUCGAGCUCAUCAAACAAGUUUUACCCAACAAGGUUAGCGACGACACUUACGUCAGAUUCCUCAGCAUUGAAAACACCAUCUAUGGCCGUUGAUCAAGCUUUGGAGGAAAGCGAAGGGCAAAUGAUGGCGUCAAAUAGCCGAGAAUCAAUCAUUAUUGAAACCAAUUUCAAAGUGUAUGCAUACACCAACUCACCUUUGGAAAUUGCAAUCCUCAAUCUAUUCGUUCAAAUGAAGACAAGAUUUUCAAACUUAAUUUGUGGUCAGAUCACGCGAGAGUCAAUCAGAAACGCACUCUAUAAUGGAAUUACAUCCGAUCAGAUUAUCAAAUUUUUGGAGACGCAUGCCCAUCCCCAAAUGCGAGCAUUGGCAAAGGAAAAAUUGGAUAAAAAAGUGGAGUUUGACGCCAGUCAUAAUAUCAAUACUGCUGGUGGAGCACCUCAAAGUAAAGCCGAUGGCGCAAUAUCGCAACACAAAUUGGAAGUGAUUCCGCCCAAUGUUGUUGAUCAGAUUAAACUUUGGCAAUUGGAACUUGAUAGGAUUCAAACGGUUGAGGGUUACUUGUUUAAGGAUUUCGCCAACCAGCAGGAAUACGAUAUGUUGUCGACUUAUGCCACAGAGCUAGGCGUAUUGGUAUGGGGCGAUAAGGUCAAAAGAAAAUUCUUUGUUACGAAGGAUGGUAUGGCACAGGUUGCUGAUUUUGCCAAUAGGAAGCUCAGAGGGUAA